GUCUCAACUCCUCGCAAAUCGAUUCACCACCCAACGACCGACUCGAUCAUCAACGCCGUCAAGAUGCCGAGCCACAAGUCUUUCCGUACCAAGCAGAAGCUUGCCAAGGCCCAGAAGCAGAACCGCCCUGUGCCUCAGUGGAUUCGCCUCCGAACUGGCAACACCAUCCGCUACAACGCUAAGCGAAGGCACUGGCGCAAGACCCGCAUCGGCAUCUAAAUUGCUCUUGUGCAAUUUUGUCGUCCACUUCCGAGCCUGUGCAUCGACACCCGACUACUUCUUCUUGGGCAUGGCAUCACGAUGAUGUGAAACGGGAAAGGGGAGGGAGAGAACUUUCGUCACGGCGUGAAAUGGGGGUUGUUGCGUGCUCAGCGCACGGGGGGAUGGGCCGGUUGCCUGGUUUGUCGAUUCUUGCGGUUACUGCAUGUCACACGGACGGUCAUAGGGAAAAAGGAAAUGCAAAGACUUUUGAUGCCCC